AUGCCGUGGGUGCGAGCGACGCAUCCCGACUGCUCCGUGGUCCUCUAUUUCCAAGAGCAAGAAGCUGAAUGUCUGGAAGUUAUCAGGAGCGAAAGGCAAACACCAGUCCCCGCUGGGGAGCAAGGCUGCCGAACGGACUGGGAUGGAGUCAGCUGCUGGCCAGCAGCGCCCCAAGGCCAGGCCCGGGCCCUCCCCUGCCCCGGCGUCCCCCACGUCUUCAAGAGGACCAAAGCGCUGAUCCAGAGGAACUGCACCGAGUCGGGAUGGAGCCUCCCCAGCCCUCCCUACUACAGCGCCUGCGAGCUGGAGCCCAUCGGCAACAACAACACCGAGGAGAAGAGGGGCUAUUUUGUCACCAUGAAGGUGCUUUACACCUGCGGCUACUCCACGUCCCUGGCAGCCCUGCUCUUGGCCAUCGGCAUCUUCUCCUGCUUCAGGAAGCUGCAUUGCACCAGGAAUUCCAUCCACAUCCACUUCUUCACCUCCUUCAUCCUGCGUGGAGCUGCUGUGUUCAUCAAAGACGCCGUCCUCUUCUCAGACGAGUCCAUCGAUCACUGCACCAUGUCAAUGGUGAGCUGCAAAGCAGCCAUCACCUUCUUCCAGUACUCGGUCCUGGCCAACUUCUACUGGCUGCUGGUGGAGGGCAUGUACCUGCAGACCCUGCUGCUGCUCACCUUCACCUCGGACACGAGGUACAUCUGGUGGUACAUCCUCAUCGGCUGGGGCGUCCCCAUGCUCACAGUCUGUAUAUGGGUGGUCACCAGGCUGCAGCAUGACAACCACGGGUGCUGGGAUGACUACAGCAGCCCUUACUGGUGGGUGAUCAAGGCUCCCAUCCUCCUGGCUGUGUUUGUGAACUUCCUCAUCUUCCUCAAUGUCACCAGGAUGCUGGCGCAGAAGAUCCGCUCCCCGGACAUCAGCAGGAGCUACAAGCAGCAGUACAUGAGGCUGACCAAGUCCACGCUGCUCCUCAUCCCCCUCUUCGGGGUGCACUAUGUGGUGUUCGCGCUCUUCCCCGAGCACAUCGGGGUGGACGCUCGGCUCUACUUCGAGCUGGUCCUCGGCUCCUACCAGGGGUUCCUAGUGGCUCUGCUCUACUGCUUCCUCAAUGGGGAGGUCCAGGCUGAGGUCAAGAGGAACUGGGGCAAGUGGCAGUCAUCGAUGGAGAGCAACGUCUUCAACCUGGUGACCCAAGACUUCACAGCGUGA